CUAGUAGUCCUAGUGGAGUUCUAUAUUAUUGAAAUCAAGGUAUUUCUUCUCCCCUUCACCUAAAAAGGCACAAAUUGAAUUGUCGGGCAUAGUAAGGUUGGCUGGUCAGCCCAAAGAAUCUUCAAACUUGUGCAGGUCAAUCUUUCUCAACUCCUAAGAUUAUUCUUACUUAGCCAACUAAUCCGCGGCUCAUCAGAACCUUCUUCUUUCUUUUUGUUUUCUAUGCCCUUUACUAUUCUCUUUUGUUUAACCCCAAUUUCUUCUUCAGAAUCCUCCAUUCUUGAAUUGUGGCAUCAACAUUUCCAAAUUCUUGAAUGGCCACUGGUUUUAGAUUUUCCCUUUGGUUUCUUUUGAUUCUUUCUUGUUUCUCCUCAUUCUGUUUAGCUGGUGACAGAGUUACGCUAGGAGAGACUCUAAAAGAUGGUGAUAACAUCACUUCUAAAGGAGGGGAUUUUGUGAUGGGGUUCUUUAGUCCUGCAGGUACUAGUAAAAGGUAUCUUGGUAUAUGGUACGCUGAUGUAUCAGUAAAGACGUUUAUUUGGGUUGCCAACAGGAACAAGCCUGUCCAUGAUAAAAAUGGUACCUUUUCAAUUGAUAAAAUUGGGAAUUUGGUUGUUAAAGAUGGAAAUGGGGAUUCACUCUACUCGUCUAAUGUUUCUUUUGAAACCACAAAUUCUACGGUUUGUUUGAAAGAUGAUGGCAAUCUUGUCAUCAUUAACAAUGACAGGGAUGCUACGAGGUUGAAUUCUGUCUUGUGGGAGAGCUUCUUGAAUCCCACAGAUACCUUUUUGCCUGGAAUGGAAGUAAUCAUGGAAAGACAAGGCAAAGAGCAAAAAGUUUUCAGUUCUUGGACAAAUGAUAGUGACCCUUCACCUGGAAGGUACUCAAUGGGAUUUGAUUCUCGUGGAGCACCUCAGAUUGUUAUCUGGGAUGGACAGAAUAGACGAUGGAGGAGUGGACAUUUUGAUGGUGUGGAAUUCACUGGUGUUCCAAAUGUGACUAGAACUACUUUUUCCUCUGGUUUCAGAAUUCAAAAUGAUGAUGACGGUAAAUUGUUACUCACUUACACUGCCUCAGACCCAUCUUCUUUUGUGAGGUUCCAGCUUACUGUGACUGGAAAUGAGCUGCAACAGAGAUGGAACGAAGACAAGGGGGAAUGGGACACGUUACAAUCUAGGCCAGCAGGUGGUUGUGACUUGUAUAACUUUUGUGGGAAUUUCGCAAAAUGUGAUAAAGAAGUAUGCCUUUGUUUAGAAGGAUUUGUACCACGUGUUCCGGAGCAGUGGCAAGCUGGGAAUCGUACCGGAGGAUGUGUUAGGAAGACAGAAUUGGAAUGCAGGAGCAAUAGCAGUGUUUCAAGAAAUGAUAGCGCAAAAGAUGAUGGAUUCUCGGCUCUUCGGAGAGUCAAAUUGCCUGAUUAUGCAGAUACUGUAGAAGCAGACAUAGACGAGUGCAAAAUCAGGUGCCUGAAUGAUUGUUCCUGCAAUGCUUAUGCUUUUGUCAAACGAAUCAAUUGUAUGAUAUGGCGUGAUGAUUUAGUUGAUAUAGAACAUUUUGAGGAAGGUGGGAACACUCUUUAUGUUCGCCUCCAUCCUUCUGAUAUCGAAACAGGUAAGAAAAAGAAGACGAUCAUUAUUGCUGUAAUAUCAAUUCUAGUAGCUCUAGCGUUGGUUGUUAUGGUGGCCAUAUGGCUAGUAUGCAAGUACAGGGCCAGAAAACAAGAAUCCAUGAGGACCAAUGAAAUUCCCAAAAACCAUUUAGUUAGGAGUGGAGAGUUCUCCACGGAACAUUCUGGACCAGGCGACGUCAAUGCUGAAGGGCAUCAAGGAAAUGGUUCAGAAUUAGCAUUUUUUAGCUUCAGCAUGGUGGCUGCAGCUACUGACGACUUCUCUCUUGCAAACAAGCUUGGGCAAGGGGGAUUUGGCCCCGUUUAUAAGGGAAGGCUACCUUGUGGUCAAGAAGUUGCUAUAAAAAGGCUUUCACAAAAGUCUGGACAAGGUGAUGAGGAGUUCAAGAACGAGAUCACUCUGAUUGCAAAAUUGCAACACAGAAAUCUUGUUAGACUUUUGGGUUGCUGCGUUGAAGGAGAAGAAAAAAUGCUGAUUUACGAGUAUAUGCCCAACAAAAGCUUAGAUACAUUUCUAUUUGACACUGCUAGGAAAUCCCAGUUAGACUGGAGAAAACGCUUCAACAUUAUCGAAGGAAUUGCACGAGGAUUACUGUAUCUCCAUAGAGAUUCAAGGCUUAGAAUAAUCCAUAGGGAUCUGAAGGCUAGUAACAUUCUGUUGGAUGAAGAGAUGAACCCAAAAAUUUCAGACUUUGGCAUGGCCAGAAUAUUUGGAGGAAACCAAAAUGAAGCAAAUACAAAUAGGGUCGUAGGAACAUAUGGAUAUAUGGCUCCUGAGUAUGCCAUGGAGGGCCUGUUCUCUGGCAAGUCUGAUGUCUACAGCUUUGGCAUACUAUUGCUUGAAAUUAUAUGUGGGAGAAGAAAUACAAGCUUUCGGACAGAUGAGCAUUCAGGCAUCAUUGGAUACGUAUGGGAGAAGUGGGAUGAAGGCAGACCAAUGGACCUAGUGGAUCGUUCAAUUUGGGAUGGUUGUCAACACAAUGAAGCAUUGAGAUGUAUACACUUGGGAUUGCUUUGUGUUCAAGAUUUGGCCUCUCACAGACCAAACAUGUCUUCUGUGGUUUUGAUGUUGGAAACUGACAAUGUAAGGUUGCCGUUGCCUAGGCAACCUACUUAUACUUCAAUGAGAAGAUCUCUGGAUGAAGAUAUAUGGCAUGGGAAUCAGGAUUUGCCAUCUUCCAACAAUGUCACAGUUAGUGUACUAAUAGGUAGAUGAUUGGUUAAUGCUUGUUCCUUCUUGCAUACCUGCUUCAUUUGAAGAGAAUACGAUCAAGUAGUGUAACUAUGUACAAGUUAUACUUGGAACUAUGUUCAUAAUUUUUUGUUAGCUAGGUAAACUUUAGCAACAUCAUAUGUAUAGUAAUUAGUAGGUGUUUCAGCUCUUGCAAGCUGAAAGAGAGAGAUGUAAAAAACUUGUUCAAUCAGUAUGGCUGAAGUGUUUUUUUUCUUUA